AAUGAGUUUUAGAAUAGAAGAGUCUCCAUAAUUCAAAGGAGAAGAAUUAAAUCUCUCUAAAAUUUAUCAGAAUAGAGAAUCUCACUUUUCUCGAUUCUCAUUUCCAAGUAGUGUUAGAAAUUAGAAAAAGUUUAAUUUUCAAGCUUCAGUCGAAACAAAAACUCCAACACCAAAUUAAACAAAUAUAGAGAAUGCUCCAAGUGAUUUGAGUUAUGAAAUAGAGAAAAUGAUAAAAGAGAGGGAGUAAUUAUUUGGAGAUGUGUAAUAUUUCGAUCCAAAAGUCACUUUUAAUAUUGAUGAAUCACCAUAAAGGAUACGUAUUUAAAGAAAUAGUGCUCCAAUGCCAAAUACUAAACUAUAUUAAUUCAAUUAGCAAAUAAUCGAUGCUGAACACACCUACAAUUAAUUUUGUUAUUAAUUAAUUUGA